AUGCAAAUGACGACGGCCUUCGCCGACGCAUUCGCCAAAGCCAUGGAAGCAAUGGGCAAAUUCCAGCCUCAAACGCAGACACCUGCUCAGUUCCACUCUGCAACUCACUCUGCACCUCCCAAAAAUAGAGAAGCAGUUUCUUCUUCUGACAGGGAGUCAGUCAAAACACAAGUGUCAACACGACAAUACAUCAAGGACACUACCAUCCAUCCUCCAGCAACUACACUGCAGCCGGGCAACAAUAUGUCUGAUAAACAAAAUCGAAGCUUGGCAGAUAUACCACGAAGCAUACAUGAAAAGUCUGAGGGGCAGCGUAGUCGUGGUGGAAAAGUAGCAGGCAUAAAGAGAGAGCAAAGGAGCAGCAUCGCCAAGACCGUACCAGUCGUUAUCCUCCCCUCCAGGCUCCCUUGGACUAACUCUAUCACCGAUGAAUCCAAGUCUCCACGACGAAAAGGAGUUAUAAGUUCGAAGUCUCACUCCUCAGUGCCUUAUUUCUCUGCCUCAGUUAGGAAGCCAAGUUUGAGUGCAAACUCAGAGAAGCGCCGUCAUACAGAUAUUGCCAAUCCGGACUCAAGUGAUGAGUGGAGACCACAUAAUUCUCAACAACCGAGAAGAAGGAAACGGAAGGCUCUCAUUGAAAGGACCCGUUCCAUUCAUGCCAUAGUGAAUAGAUCGGGACGUAGAGAUCAUCUCUCAUCAAGGUUAGAUGUGGCUGAGGAGAUUGACAGUUCCGACAACACAUCUGUGGUACACAGGAGACAAGACAAAUCUCACCCCAAGCUAAACAAACACUAUAUUCUCAAGUACACGGCGGAUACGAUUCCAGCUGUACUGUACGAAGCGGAAGAUUUGUAUCAGAAAAAGGUGGCAGAGAGGUACAAAGUUACUAGAACUAAUCCCGCAGAGAGGGAGGAUGAUGAUACUGGUAUCGAUGAAGACAUUGGUUCUGGCACAAUCACAACUGAAGAGCUGAACGGCGCUUUUUGUGGAGCUACGGAUGCCGAAAUCGAGACGGCUGCGGAAGAGUGUGUCAGAUUGAUCACUGAAGCUGCAGAGGAGGAGAAGGCUUCAAAAGAGGGGUUAUGGAAGGAUGUAACAGAAUGGGCGAAAGCAGAUGGCAUGCUUGCCGGCUCCAUGGUUCUGGAUAUGCUGCUGACUGUGAUCCAGGCAGAGAAGAAAAGAGCCCUGGAGUACAUCAGAGACAGAUCAAAAACUCUUAAGGCACUCCUUGCCAACAGAAUUAUUCCACCGUCUAAUCCCGCUGUGCCUGAUCGCACCAUAAACAGCUCAAUCCACCUGAAAGAUGCAGUUGGUGAAUCGCUCCUAGUCAAAGUAAAUUCUGGUAUGGAAGAGCCCUUCGGAAACACGCCAGCUCAACAAAUCCCUAUGCACAAACAUAUUCAGGAGGCCAUGAACCGGCUCGAGAAUGCCGGGGUCCACCCCCCAGAGCCAUCAAUUCUAGAUCUUAGGUAUCCCCAAGACGAGUUUCGCAGAACGAAAGAAUUCUGGACCAGCAAGAAUAAACCUUGUGGUGUAUUCCACUUCGCAUGCUGGCGACAGCCCGCAUACCCAGACGAGCCAAAGCCCUGGGAACACAGCCUCUCCAGCGAUAUCCUCGGUCUGCAUCCCGGGAAAUUUGGCGCCAGGGUGAAAUUUCUCGUCGACAUGGCCCCCAUACAUCAGGCCAUGAGUCUAUGGUUCGAGGCAAUCGACCGACAGCGGUACAAAACCUAUCGCGAACAAGUCGAUCGCAUGACCAGAGCAGAUACUGGACUCGAGGCAGUAAAGUUCACCAAUAACCAUACUUUUCUCGGCAUGGCGAGCUUGCGAAAUGUGCAAGUACGGAAUCACAGAGAUAGAGGUGACAUUAGAGAUGGAUGGGUAGGCAUGACAUGUACAGGAGCAUUCACUGGCGGCGAACUCUGUCUGCCAGAUCUGGAUCUGAAGCUGAGGUUUCUGCCUGGCGAUGUGAUUUUCUUCCGCGGGUGUGCAUUGCAGCAUUUCAUUAAUACUACCGUCGGUGAGAGGAGCAGUUUGGUAUUCUUCUCACAUAGUGGACCAAACUCAAAGGAGGGUGGGAGCAAGCAUGUCACAUAUGACUACCCGUCUUUCCCGUCUCCAAAAGAGCCGUCAGGCCCCAGAUCUUCCGGCAAUAUAAAUGCAGUUGCUCCUCCUAUGCUCAGUAGAAGACAUACGCAGAGAAUCAAGAAACGGGUGUUCUCACAUUUGCCGAAAUAUCCUACUACGAAAGCAGACUUGACAGAGCAGAAGCUUAAGCGAGCCAGGCAAAGGAAGAAAAGAUUCGAGGGAUAUGCCAAAGAGGAGUUUGAGCGAGGCAGUAUGACAUUGGAAGAAUAUAAAAAAGUCUCUAGGGUUGGAUCACAUGAGUUCUAUGAGCUGAACCUGAUCGAAUUGGCGAGACAUGCCAAGGGAGAAUAUCCUUUUGCUCCAAUAGAAGCGAGGAGGAAGGCACAUCGCAUGGCUAAUAAAUAG